AUGGAAAAGUGUGAUGAAUCUGAUUGCCAGGGACUUCGCAAGGCAGACUGUGGGAUGAGUAGUGAGGGGUACAUUGAUGGACCUAUCAUCAAUUGUCAAGGAGAAAUCAUUGGGAUCAACUUCUAUCAUUGGAACUACACUUCUUUUCUUCCUAUGAACAUAGCUUUUAGAUGCUUGAAGUGCUUAAAGAAACAAAACAAAGUCCAUCAUCCAUGUCUUGGGAUGAAAUUUACUGAUCUUUAUUCAGUGGAAUUGGAUACUUUGGAAAUUAUAAUUCAACAGUACUUCCCUCACAUUUCCUAUGAUGUUAUGAUUGAACAGAUUGCAGCAGAGUCCCCCGCUGCCCGUGCCGGAAUAGUCCCCAAUGAUGUUAUUGUUGAACUUGGAAGUAACAUUGUUAGGUCUAGCAUGGAGUAUUUCGGAACGAUUUGGGACAAGACUGGUGAAUCUGUGGAGACUGUUGUGAUGAGGGCAUGCCUUGGUGAAGCUAAUUUUAGCUAUCCAUGA